AGGAGAGGGAGGGGAGGAGGAAGCGAAGGGGGAAUGGGAGCAGACACUCCAACGUGGAUAAGCUUUCAAGCUUGCUUUCUGAUACAUUCCUGGCCAAGGCGAUGCUUCUUGCAAGAGCUGCGCUGACUUGUUGCAAGGAUCUGUCUUGGGGGGGGGGCACACGCGCGCGCGCAGCCAAUCCAGACUGUAUCCAUCGCUCGCUCUCCCCCACCCGCCUUCCCUUUCUUUGCUCAAGCGUGUGGAUCUAUUCGGUCGAUUUAGCUGCAUUCUGAUCCACUCUCUUUUUUGAAGGGGAUCGGGCCGCUUGAUGGGGAAUCUCAGCAGCCUGGCGUUUGGAGGGCUACCUCGGAGGGAUUUUGGAGGGGACUGAAGGAGCGGGUGCGGGGGGUUGCCGCGCGAUCAUGCAGCGGGCCAGCGUGAUGGGGAUGCCCUGCCCGGAACCCAGUGGAUCUUAUUCCCAACAGUUCAAAGCCAUGAGGUUUUCGUACCACAUCGAGACGGGAGCAGCUUCCUCUCCCCAGAUCCGAGCCGGUCCUGCUCAGCCCCCACGGCUCCUGGUCAAGAGCCUCUCCUUGGAGCCUAGUCCAGAACAUCGCUCUCCAGAAGCCCCUCAGCGACUCAUCUCUGAUCCAGGACCUGACAGCAGCGAAGGAGAAGUGGCCAAACUCCGGCCACUCAAACGACCCCCAGGACCAAAACCACAAGUCCCUCCUAAACCAGCCCAUCUGCAGAGUAUCCAGCCGCCGCGUCUCCCUGAAUCCAUCCCCCCACCCCCAUCGCGACCACUCCCUGCUGAUCCCCGCUUAAGCCGCAGCCCCCUGCCUAAGGAUGGAUUGGGAACAUUAUCUGCCGUCUCCUGCCUCAUUGAGAAGUUUGAGAGGGAACCUGUAAUCCUGGCUGUCGAGCAGGCCCCGUCGCCGUGCCCCAGUCCAGAUCUCCAGACUCCCGAGACAGGUUCCAUGGAGCCCUCGCUAGACUGCCCAACUUCCCUGGAAUCGGCAGAGCUGGCUCACAAACUCCUGGACCUCCUGGCUCUGGAGGGAGGGCAAGAGUCUGCGGGUGGUGCUGCCUGCUUGCCGUCUCACGAUGGUGGGAAGCUGGCUAACCGAGACAGUGGCAUCGACAGCAUCAGCUCCCCAUCUAACAGUGAGGAGAUCUGCUUUGGGGCUGACGAGGGCACAGGAGAGGGACCGGGGGCCCCCGUGCCUGCUGCUGUCAUCAAGCGUCGCUCAACCCGUGAUUCUGAAGUGGACAGUGACAUGGACGAUGGCAGCGGGGAUGAGGCUGAGCUGCUCCCGGUGCUCCCUCCCCCACAAGCAGAAAGACAGGAUUCCGAGGAGAUGACAGUUCCACAAAAGGUUUUCCGAAUUGCCAACGAGCUUCUCCAAACAGAAAAGGCCUAUGUGUCUCGCCUGUAUCUGCUGGACCAGGUCUUCUGCGCACGUCUGCUGGAAGAAGCACGCAGCCGAAACUCUUUCCCGGUGGACGUGGUGAUGGGUAUUUUUGCCAACAUCUGCUCAAUCUACUGCUUCCACCAGCAGUUCCUGCUCCCAGAAUUGGAGAAACGUAUGGAGGAAUGGGACCAGCACCCGCGCAUCGGGGAUAUCCUGCAGAAACUGGCUCCUUUCCUCAAGAUGUAUGGCGAAUAUGUAAAGAACUUUGACCGUGCCAUGGAGCUUGUCAACACCUGGAUGGAGCGCUCAGCACAGUUCAAGAGCAUCAUCCAUGAAGUGCAGAGGGAAGAGAUAUGUGGGAACCUGACCCUGCAGCACCACAUGCUGGAACCUGUCCAGAGAAUCCCUCGCUACGAACUGCUGCUGAAGGACUAUCUCCUCAAAUUGCCUCAGGACUCGCCCGAUUGCAAGGAUGCUCAGAAAUCCCUAGAACUUAUUGCAACAGCAGCGGAGCACUCAAACGCAGCCAUCCGCAAAAUGGAGAGGAUGCACUCGUUGCUGAAGGUGUACGAGCUGCUUGGAGGUGAGGAAGACAUAGUGAAUCCCACCAAUGAGCUCAUCAAGGAAGGGCACAUCCUGAAGCUUUCUGCCAAGAACGGUACCACACAAGACCGGUACCUGAUCCUGUUCAAUGACUGGUUGCUGUACUGCGUGCCCAAGCUGCGCCUCAUAGGCCAGAAAUUUGGAGUCCGUGCUCGCAUAGAUGUGGAGGGGAUGGAGCUGAAAGAGACCAGCAGCCUCAAUGUGCCCAGGACCUUCCUUGUAUCAGGGAAGCAGCGAUCCCUAGAACUUCAGGCCAGGACUGAAGAGGAGAAGCGAGACUGGAUCCAGGCGAUACAGGCAACAAUUCAGAAACAUGAGCAGACUCUGGAGACAUGCAAGCAGCUGGUCAGUGAGGAUGAAACGCCACCCAAUUCGCCUGGGUGUGAGCUGGGGCGACGGGCCCCCACGCCAAUCCGGGAAAAAGAGGUAACCCUCUGCAUGCAGUGCAAGGAGCCGUUCAAUGCCCUCACCAAGCGGAGGCACCAUUGCCGGGCCUGUGGCCAUGUUGUCUGUGGGAAAUGUUCUGAGUUCCGGGCCCGCCUGGUCUAUGACAACAACCGGCCCAACCGUGUCUGCACUGACUGCUACGCAACGCUACAGGGCUCCCCCGCCAGCCCUGCCCCACAUCCCAACACACCUCAGCGCCGGAGGUCCAUUCUGGAGAAACAGGCUUCCGUGGUGGCAGAGAACAGUGUGAUCUGCAGCUUCUUGCACUACAUGGAAAAAGGAGGGAAGGCCUGGCACAAAGGCUGGUUUGUCGUCCCCGAAAACGAACCCCUGGUGCUGUACAUCUAUGGAGCCCCACAGGAUGUCAAGGCCCAGCGCUCGAUGCCUCUGAUCGGUUUCGAAGUGAGCCUGCCUGAACCCGGCGAGCGGGUGGACCGACGUCACGCCUUCCGGAUCAGCCAGAGCCACCUGUGCUGGUAUUUCAGCCCCGAGACUGAAGAGCUGCGGCAGCGGUGGAUGGAGGUGCUGAGCAGGGCAGGCCGCGGAGAAGAAGGCAGAGGGCCGCCCUCCAUCCAGGAGGCAGAUGAGGAUACGGAGGUGGAGAGAACCUAGAGGCAGAGGGCUGGGCAGCUGGGAAUUGCGGAUUCUGCCUACUUUGGGAACUUGCUCACCGUUCUCUGACCAGUAUACUUGAACGUUCCUUUCUCCCUCUCUCUCUGGCACUUUCUCCCCUUCCUUUUGGUCCGCAUCAACGCAGCCACCCUGCCCCUGCCGCUCUGUGAUGGCAGCAUUCCCAGCCACCCAAAGCUGCAGAGGCGAUGCACGUCACACGUCCUAACGUUUGCUCCAGGCCAGUUCCUGCUCCUAGCACAUAGUAAUCGGAGCACCUCCACUUUCUUCCUUUCGUCCCAUCCUCUAUGCAGGAAGAAAUGGAUCCGAGCGGGUGGAUGUCUUCCUUCCAACACGUGCUUCCCCCCCUUCUUUGCAUCUUAAACCAAGAUCUGUUUUUUCAGUCUCCACUGCUUACUUAGCACUUACUGAACAUAUGUCUUCUGCAGUGGUUUUGGGGAAAUUGGGGCAGGAUAGGGAAGAGUGUUGAAACAAUUCUUUCAGUGGAACACAAACAGGGGCAUGGGAGUUUUCCUCUCUUGAGCAUUUAUUUCCCUUGCUUGUUACCCUCCUCCCUGUAUUUGUGUGAGACUAGGUGGCGUUUUGUCUUGUGAUGUUUCCUCACACAAUACUGACCGUUUUUGGACCUGGAAAGGCUGAUUUGAGGCUGCCUUAGCAGAUGGAUUAUGACGACUUGAAGUCUCUCUCUCUCUCUCUCUCUCUCUCUCUCCCACCCCACCUCCUUGAACAAAACAAGCUUUGAACAAGCAAGCUGGGACAUGAGAGCUAGUUAGAAGAAGAAUGAGCCAGGGUCCUUGUCCUUGCUAUAGCAUGCAGGGUCCCCUCUUACUGAUAAGGCAGCCCCUCCCUCCCAGCAAUUGGACCGUGGUGCCUGCCGCCUGCCACCAUCCAAUCUUCCUGCCUCUGCCAAGGGUUCCAAAGGCACAGCCCACACGAGAGCUCUCCUGUGCAAGCCCUGCUAAGGUGGGUGGGGCUGCACAAGGCUACAGAUGACAUCUUUGUAAUAAUUGCUCUUCCAGUUUCAAUGUGCUUGAAAUUUUACACAUUGCAAAUAUGCUCCAAGGUACUUUCAACACGUGAAAGAAUGCAAUAAAAUCAUGUAGAAGUCAAGAUAAAUCCAACAAUAAAAAGGUGGUGGUGGGGGGUUUGACAGAAAUAAGCUGCCGAAAAUUGAUCAUGUAAAAUAUACAGUACCUGGAAAAAUGUAAUCUACAGUUGAUUUUUCUAAGUGAGCAGCAAAAACUUAUGGCAUGGUGAGAGCAGCCUGUCAAAGGGUUACCCCCUGAAAAGGAAAUGUAUGCCUAAAAACAGGUUAUGGUUAUCAUAUAAUUAUAAAGUUGGGAGGGACCCCAAGGGUCAUCUAGUCCAACCGCCUAAAAUGCAGGAAUCUCUAUGCAUCCAACCUCUACUAAAAACCUCCAGUGAAGUCCAUUCCACUGCCAAACAACUCUUACAACCAGAAAUUUUUUGCUGAUGCUUAGUUGGAAUAAACUUCCUUGUAACUUGAAGCCAUUAGUUUGGGUCCCACCCUCCAGAGCAGGAGAAAGAAAGCUUGCUCCAUCUUCCAUGUGACAGCCCUUUAGAUAUUUGAAGAUGCCUAUCAUAUCUCCUCUCAGCCUCCUCUUUUCCAGGCUAAACAUACUCGACUCACAACUGUUAUUCAUAAGGCUUGGUUGCCCUUCUCUGCUCACGUUCCAGCUUGUCAAUAGCCUUAUUAAACAGUGGUGCCCAGAACAACACAGGAUUCCAAGUGUAGUCUGACCAAGGCAGAAUAGAGCAGAAUUAUUACUUCCCUUGAUCAGAACACUAUACUUCUGUUGAUGCUGCCUAGAAUAGCAUGAGCUUUUUUUUUGCUGGUGCAUCACGUUCAGCUUGUGGUCUAGUAAGACCCCUAGAUACUUUUCACAUGUAUUGCUGGCAAGCUGGGUGUCCGCCCCGCCCCCAUCUUAUAGUUGUUCAGCUGGUUAUUCCUGCCUAAGGGAAUAGAACCUUGAAUGUGUCCCUAUUGAAAAUCAUUUUGUUAGCUCGGGCCCACUUCUCCAAUUUGUUGAGGUAAUAUUGAAUCCCAAUCUUGGCUUCAGCAGCACUGGCUAUCCAUCUCCGUUGGGCGUCAUCUGCAAAUUUGACAAGCAUCCCCUCAAUUCCUUCAUCCAAGUCAUUUAUAAAGAUGUUGAGCAACAACAGGCUGAAGACAGGACCCUGCAGCAUCUUACUUGCCAUUUUUUCCAGGGUGAUGAGAGACUACAGUGGUGCCUCGCAAGAGGAAUUUACUUCGUCCCGCGAAUCACUUCGUAUAGCGAAAAAUUCGUUUUGCGAAGCGGCUCCCAUAGGAACGCAUUGAAGUGCGGUUUCCCAUAGGGUGACUCACAAGACAAACAAAAUUUUUCAUCUUGCGAGGCACCCUAUGGGACGGGAAAAAAAUGUCUUGCGAAGCGCACCAUAGGAAACUUCGUCUUGCGAGUCUCCAUUGAAAUCGCAAAACGAAAGCGUUUUGUGAGUUUUUCGUCUUGUGAGGCAUUCGUCUAGUGAGGUCUCACUGUAUUAGCGAGCCCUCUUUGGGUUCGGUCAUUCAGCCAGCUACAAACCCAGCUAACCAGUUACCUCAUCCAGCCCACAUCUUACAAGCUUCUGCGCAAGAAUAUAUUUGUCAAAACUAAAAUUAUUUUACUUUUUCAACAACAUGAUGUGCCUAAUUUACAACUUCUUUAGCAUAUAAGAUUGUACUAUUUGGCAUCUUAAUGGAACUUAAGAGCAAUCCUGUGGAUUUUUAAACCCACACCAAUGAAUAGAGCCUACUCCUAGGUAAUUGGCGCUUCAAAAGUAUAAAUGCCAUGCAGUGUGGAAUCCUAUGCCACUGAGUUUGGUUUGGAUAGGUUUGCAACCUUGGUUUUCUACAAACAAAAAACCCUGGAUGCAGGAUCCCCCCCUUAGUAUCUGCAAAUGUCGUAUUCCCUGAAUUUACUAUUUUUCUGGCCUUCACAUUUUUAGGAUAGGUGGGCACCAGAAUGAGACUCCGCAAGCUGAAUCUGAACACAGACAAGACGUUACCCAAGAGCCUGGAUGGCUACCAGUUAAUUUUGCACAAAGUUGUGGGUUUUUUGUGGUGCCUGCCUGAUAUUGUCAGCAAAACGCCAGCCAGAAUACCACCCACCUCCUCCCAAUUCAGGAUGGGUUAAUCCUUUCUGGGUGAAAUCUAUUAAGGUAGAAAAAAAGGUGCAAAUGACCAGUUUACAAUUUUAAGCCCCGAUUUUAUGCACCCCCAAGUUGCAUUCAUUUUAGAAUUGAUGUCAAGAACUGCCUUGCUCAAUCAAAACAAGGUGUAUCUACCAAUACAUUAAUCUGCCUCUUGAGCUCCUCACCAGCAGGGUAUGACAGCAAUAGCCAUUCUCCUGUUCUUUGCACCUGCUGUUCUGAGUGAUUCAUGGAAAUGCCAUUUACCUACCCUAGCUAAUAUAAAGCCACUGAUAAAACUUAAAAAAUAAGAUGAGGUCACAACCACCUUUGAGCAGACAAGCCCCAUGCCAUAUAAAAUAGGGUGCUUGUGCAGCAGAUACUCCUAGCGGAUUUUUGACGAGAAAGGGGGUCAUUACAAUGGGGGGGGAGAAACCUCUCUCGCACAGCCUUUUCUCAAAUGCAGUCGCUUCCCUUCUGCAAUGCACUUAAACAUGAGUCGGUGUCCCUCCGUUCUGUCCCAAUCCUAUAUCGGACUGUCACAGGAGCUUCCUACGAUCCCUCCAACAUUUCUCUCCCCGUCCGCUUGCUUCUACUAUUCUAAUUUACAUGUGAGCAGGUUGGGGGUGGGUGUUCUAAAAAGCAACACCCAACUUGGUUGCCCUGUUUUAUGAGAGGCUCCUGGUGGGUGCCUGUCCCAAUUCUUUGCCAUCCUCUUCCCACCCCCACCCCCAUUGUGGUGUAGAGCUAGUGCAUGUAACUUUUAUAUUAAAAAAAGUCAGUAUUAAGGGAUAUACAAAAUCUUACCAAAAUAAUAUUUUAUUGUCGCUCAUGUACAGUGGCUGGCCACUACAGAGGAUAGGGAAGGGGGCUUCUAUUGAGAGAAGUGCCCUGUCCCACAAACAAGGAUUUGUGUAUUGUCCAUGUUACUUUCUAGUUUCAUUAUUGUAUUUGGUUUUCCAUUGUCGUCUUUUUUUUUUAAAUACAGAAUUUUGUUUUUCUGUUA